GGAGAGGAAGGAGACUACAGAUCCCAGAGAGCAGCGCGGGUCCCGCCGCAGCCCUGGCGCUGCGCUGGGCGCGGGCUGCGCUGGCCCGGGAGCGGCGGCGCCGCCAUGGAUCUGUUCGGGGACCUGCGGCGCAUGAACAAGCGGCAGCUAUAUUACCAAGUCUUAAAUUUUGCUAUGAUUGUGUCUUCUGCCCUAAUGAUCUGGAAAGGGCUGAUCGUGGUGACUGGCAGUGAGAGCCCCAUUGUUGUGGUGCUCAGUGGCAGCAUGGAGCCAGCUUUUCACAGGGGAGACCUGCUGUUCCUAACAAAUUUCCACGAUGACCCAAUCAGAGCUGGUGAAAUAGUUGUUUUUAAAGUUGAAGGCAGAGAUAUUCCAAUAGUUCACAGAGUUAUCAAAGUACAUGAAAAAGGAAAUGGGAACAUCAAAUUUCUGACUAAAGGGGAUAAUAAUGAAGUUGAUGAUAGAGGCUUGUACAAAGAAGGUCAGAACUGGUUAGAGAAGAAAGAUGUUGUGGGAAGAGCAAGAGGGUUUUUGCCCUAUGUAGGAAUGGUGACUAUAAUAAUGAAUGACUACCCAAAAUUUAAGUAUGCUCUCCUGGCAGUGAUGGGAGCAUAUGUACUGCUCAAGCGGGAAUCCUAAACACAAGAACAAAGGGAAAUGACGUACAGGGGGAAACAACUAAUAACAUUUCAGAUGGUUUCAUGUCUGUAUACGGUUACAAAACUGUGCAAGCUUUUGUCUUGUCUAAAUAAACAACACCUAAUGAGUGAAGCUGCUGGCUGCUGGCUAAUUACAAAAUGAUGUAUUUACCACCUUCUGCAGACUGCUCUCAGCUAGCCUGGCACUGGCUUGGAGGACUGGGCCGCAGCAGCCAAGGGCUCUCUUGCCAUGCCACAGUGGGUUUGACUGACUGGCUGCAUCUGAACCCACUUUUGCCCUCCUGUUUGUUGUGGGGGUUAUUGUUAAUCUGUCAGUGCCCUCUUUUCUCCACGAUGCAUACUGUUUUGAUCAGUGCUUGUAAGGACACAGAAUCUCUGAACAGGUAGUGAGUUCUAGGAGUUUAGUCAGACUUAUGCCUCAGUUGGCUGGGUGUGGCUGCCAAAAACAGCCACGAAGGGGAGUUCCACUCUGACUUGGUACUGAGCAAUGGGGCCUCAGAGCUUUUUCCUUGAAUUUGAAACUUGCUCCUUCAUGGAGUAAGGAAAAAAGCCCAGGUGGCCUGAUUUUUAGAGGCCUGGUUUUUAGGGACUGUGUGUGUUGCUAGCACUCAGGCUGUUGAUGAUCUGCCUUUUGUGUUCUAGCUCUUAAACUAACGUAACAAAAAGGUUUUCUGGGGCUGUAAUAACACUGUUAAAUUACUGAAUGAAUAGCACAGUAGUAUACUUCAGGGAUAUUGCCAAGAUGGGGAAACCAGAACUUUUAUGCCAGUUUGGAAAAUGUAUUAUUCUCUCCUAUCAUAUAACACCUGAAUAGUGUUAAACAUAAAAUUGAUCUUUCAUUUAAAAACUUACCUGAUAACUAUCUUUUAUGAAAUUUGGUAUUUUUCUCUUACCUUCAAAUGUCAGUGUUGCACCUUCAACAAAGCAGAACUUGUUUUCCUUGCUGGCUUUGUUUUUGUAGCUUUGAUAAGGAACAGCAUGAUGCUUUUUUCCUCUGGAGUUCUGUUUCUUCUGUAAUCCCUUACCUACCUCUGCAAAAAUACUCUAUUAUACAAUAAUGACACCUUUUCUGUUGCAACAGCUCAUGCUCAGCAGACAGCUGCUGAAUUUCUCCAAGUAAUAUUACUUCUUUUGUGUCCUACUAAGCAGUUUUCAUGUCCAACUGUAUUAUAAAAAUUACUUAUUUUGUGUCAAAUUAUAUAGAAAUAAAAUUCAGUAUAAUAAAUGGCAUGGCAGAAUAACGUUGGGAUCGUUAAUGCAGUCUUCCUGGAAGUGUAUCAUCCCAGUUAAGAAAAAAUAAUGUGGUUUUUUGGAGACAGUAUAUGUGGAAUAAGAUUUUUUUCUUUCUCUUGGUGUUGUUGAAGUCCAGAUUUAUGCUAUCCACCUACCCCAAUGCGAGCACAGUCAGCUCUGACUUGGAGAGUGCAGUUGCACAUUUUGCAGCUGGCCAGUGUGACACUGGGAUCUAGUCCCAGGAGUGGCUCAGAGCCUGUGCCAGGGGGGAUCAGAGUGAAUGUCAGGAAUGUCUCAGUAUUCCAUACUGAGAGGGGGCUCAGACCUGGAGCAGCCUCCCUUGGGAGAAGGUGGAUGCCCCAGGCUUAGCAUUCCAGGAGCACUUGGACAACGCCCUUGAGCUUCUGGGCAGCCUGGAAGGGCUCAGGGUGUUGGGCUGGAUGGUCCCUGUAGUCUGUUCUGGACCACAGGCAGGUCCAUAAAUGCUUCCCAUUUGAGUUCUCCCAUUAUUGAACCCCUCCACUGCAAACAUCAUAAACCCAAACUUGUGGCUGCCACAGCAGCCUGGCACCAGUUAAAUGUGCAAUGAGCAAUCACUGCGCUUAAGCUUCUACUGUCCAGGGCUUCCCAAAGUGCAGCACAAACAGAGUCAACUAUCUUACACUGGGCCUUAUUAAAUAAAUGUUAUUAUUUCAUAUUAUUCAGUCUCUGUAAAGUUGUGGAGCUCUUUUCUGAGAAAUGUCUUCAGUUCUUCAGGGAACUGUAUCUGCACUGAGUCACUCUUGAGGUUAUUUGCAGAACACCUGCCCUGAGUGCAGGUUGGAAAUGCUGGAGAUUAGUCUAUUCAGCAUCUUCAACAUUUACAGAGUAUUCCUCAGUGAUCACGCCUGUUAUUACGUUGGAGACAGGCUUCCACCAGUGUUUGUUCUGUACAUACAUCCCGGCUGCGUGUAACACCAGGAUCCCUACAAAGAAAAUGAUGAAAGGCACACCAUUCUUAUAUUAUCCCUUUUUAUAGCCAGCAAAUAUAUCAGCAUUGCUGAUAGAACAAUGAUGCUUGUCUAAAAUUGAAAGGAAGCGGAUUAAAGUGUUAUCAUGGUAAUAGCAUUUAAAAACCAUGAAUGUUUUCCUGCCAUGAAGCACAGCAACAUUUUGCUUUGCUGUGGGAUAUAUGAAAAGGGGAAGGGUAGUUUAAAACAGAGAGAGAGAGCUGUUUCUUGAUAUUUAAACAAAAAUUGAUGUUAUCAAUCUUCAUCGUAAAGAUUGUCUUGAGUGAGUUGAGUCACUCACAGUUUGUAACAUCCUUUGGUUGUACCUGGUUCCUUUUCUGUUGUGGGGGGUCCAGAAUAGUAUUUCUCUAUAUAAUCAAGUUACUGUUUUCCUUAGAAGGGUAAUCAAUUAAGAAUUAGAGUAGAUCCUUAUGAACAAGUAAAUAAAUAAUAAAGGCAUAGUACAUAUACAACGUAUGAGAAAGGUUUAUUUGUUUGCAUGGUAUUUUUAGUACAAGAGAUUUGGGACUGAGUACGAAUUCAUGUUUGGUUUUGGUUUUGUUUUCUGAAAAUGGACAAUGUCCUGAAUUUUUCAGUUUCCUGCCUUGAUUGCUCUAAACAAUUAGAAGUUUCUCUGGAUGGCAGUAUUUUAUUUGAUCAGCUGUCACUCAGCACAGAGCACAUGUUGGUAGCUGUACUGUGGGCUGCACAGUGCAACUUGAGGCGUGAGAAUACUGUUGUGAAUUAAGCAGGAAUGCAUAAUUAAUAACCAAAAGAAAAGAAUGAAUCACAUUAAUCAGUAAAAGAAGACUCAACAAACUGUGACUAAACAAGGGAACAAUUUGGCUCAAUACAGCAGGAUACACGGUUUACUUCAAAAGGAAUUGUACAAGAGUUUGCCUGGAAAUUAUGUUAAUUCACAUCCGUGUGAGUUUCCAGUAGGGGUAGUUCAGUUCCAGUCAUGUGGGGCUAGCUGGAGCAGCUGGCCAGUUCCUUACAGUCAGCUCCGCUCUCGGUGUAUCCCAGCUCUUGCCAUAGUUCUCUAGACAGCAAAAUCGUCACAUUCCAUGUGGCGUCAUCCUGUCCCUGCUGUUCUCCUGGGUGACAAACAGCACAUCAGGACUUCAUAUCCCACCAUUGCUCACCCACCUUCACUCCAGUGAAACCACUGUAGGUGUUCCACUUCAGGGAUGUACUGUCUCUAUCUUUUCCCUGCACUGCCUCUUCAGGCUGGAAUUCUUUUCAUCCAUUUACUACAAAGUUGCCCAGUUCCAGGUGCCACAAGGGCUUCAAAGUUUACAGGGUCCCUGUGCAGGGAAAGCAGAAAGUCCUGUAAACGCGCAUCCACUUUACUGUCACUUGUGACAGGAAAUUCAGGUGAAACUGGAAAUUAAAACAAGCUCUUUGCACCAGACUUGCUGUUCCAGCGAGGGACAAGGAGGCCCUUUGCCGCAGGUGCAGCCGAACAGCAGCCCGCCUGGUACGGUCCCACAGGGUGCGGGUGACAUCGCCUAUUGCAAGACAAGGCGACCCCCUCAGUGAGGGGAAAGUAAAAUGACGAGGCAUCUUACUCCAUCUUCAGAAGGCUGAUGAAGUACUUUAUUCUAUAAAUCUACAAUUGAAUCUGCCAUGCACUCACGAGCUCAACUGCACUCAUCCAUGACUCUCGCUGACUGUGUCGAGAUUGCCAGCAUACAUUCUCGACACAGACACACUCUUGGCCUCGAUUGGCCAAGGGAAGAAAACAUCCUCACUUUGGGUAAACAAUCUCUACAUUCCAUUCUACUUUGGCACAACACAGGCACAGCAAGUGAUAAGAACUUGCUGUGCUUUUCUUUCUCUGAUGUUCAGAGAACGUGAGUCCCAGCUAUAUUCCUGGGGAAAGCUGUGCCUUGCUUUUCUCCAUGAGGAGAAGUGUGGUAACAGUCGCCCGCUGCAGCUCCCGGGUCCCCUCCGCGGCUGUCGCCGCCCUCCGAGGAGCUCCGGUGCCCGGGCGCUGCCGGCGGCACCGCCCCGAGGCGCCCCGGGCCGCGCCCAGCGCCGACCGCCGGCGAGCGGAGCCGGGGAGCGGAGCCCGCGGGACGCGCCCGUGCUGCGCGGGGAAGCGAGAGCGGCCCCCCCGCGCCGGGCAGCGCCGCCUCGGCCCCCCCGCGGGCGGAGCGGCCCCGUCAGGAGGCGUCAGGCGCGGGGCUCUGCUCGCGCCCGGCCCGGCUCCGGAUAAAUGGGCGGCGGGCGGCGGCGGCCGUGACGGAGCCCUGGCGGGGCCGGAGCGGAGCGCGGCUCGGGGCAGCACCGGCAGCAGGGCAGGAUGCGCGGCGGGCGGCCCGCGGCGCUGCCGCUGCUGGCGCUGGCGCUGCUGGCGGCGCAGGGCGGAGCGGCGCCCCUGCAGCCCGGCGGGACCCCCCGCGCUCACCAAGAUCUACCCCCGCGGCAGCCACUGGGCUGUGGGACACUUAAUGGGGAAAAAAAGCACUGGAGAUUUUCCUUAUGGUUUUGAAGACAAAAACAAGACACCAUUUUCAGCAUUACCUGACAGUAUCAAGCAGCUGGAAGAGUAUCUGCAGUGGGAAGAAAUCUCAAAGUAUUUGCUAAGGCUGCUGGAAAGGAAUGAAAAUAAAAGUGGUCACUUUUCAAAAGGAGGGCUCCCCUGGUAUACCAGGAACACCUGGGAGACAGAUGACAAUAGCAGUUGGAAACAUAUGAUGGACUAUCUGCUUCAAGUUGUGAAUAUGAAAGAGAGUACUUCAAGCUGAAAGAAGAUCACUAAAUCAUGCAGAAAUUUAAUACUUUCUGUAAGAGACUAUAUUUCACAAGCACUUGAUUGUAUCAGAUAAUCAACACGGUCACUUUUCUGUACACAAGAAUUCCUUUGUGUAAAGUACUUAAAUACACAUAUUCUUGUAUGGUUCAUCAAGGACUAAAUCCUCUACUUCAUUUUCAAGGUUGCAUUUUCUCAUUUGAAUGGCUUUGAUAUAUAUAAAUAUAUAUAAAAUUGUCACGGAAGGGUCUUCCAAUUAAUUAUAUGACUUACCUAUCGAAUAAUUUCAUCUCUUAGUUUGAAACUACAUGACAUUGCAACAUUCACAAUAAAUAGUACCAAG